AAGAGCCACAGGUUGUAACCCCUUUGCCCCACCUGGGGCAGUAUAUUUGAUUCCCAGCCUGGGCCAGCAGGGAGCUGGGGCUGAGGUCACACAGCUGUGCCUGGCUUCGCACAAGACCCUCUAGAAGAUGGGGGACUGGGGUUUCCUGGAGAAGCUGCUGGACCAGGUCCAGGAGCACUCAACAGUGAUUGGGAAGAUCUGGCUGACAGUGCUGUUCAUCUUCAGGAUCCUUAUCCUGGGCCUGGCCGGGGAAUCGGUAUGGGGGGACGAGCAGUCGGAUUUCCUGUGCAACACCAAGCAGCCGGGCUGUGUCAACGUGUGCUAUGACAAGGCCUUCCCCAUCUCCCACAUCCGCUACUGGGUGCUGCAGUUUCUCUUUGUCAGCACCCCUACCUUGGUCUACCUGGGCCACGUCAUCUACCUCUCGGGGCGGGAGGAGAAACUGAAGCAGCGGGAAAGCGAGCUCCGGGCGGUGCAGAUCAAAGACUUAAAAGUGGAGCAGGCUCUGUCAGCGGUGCAGAAGAAGAUCUCCAAGAUCUGCGUGGCGGAGGACGGCCGCAUCAAGAUCCGCGGCUCCCUGAUGUGGACCUACGUCGUCAGCGUGAUCUGCAAGAGCAUCUUCGAGGCCGGCUUCCUCUUAGGCCAGUGGUACCUGUAUGGUUUCUUCAUGCCACCCGUCUUCGUGUGCGAGAGGGCUCCCUGCCCGCACAAGGUGGACUGCUUUGUCUCCCGCCCCACUGAGAAGACCAUCUUCAUCAUCUUCAUGAUGGUGGUGGGCCUGAUCUCCCUGGGCCUCAACCUCCUGGAGCUCUUCCACCUCUGCUGCAAGAAUCUGCUCAGCAGCAUGAGGGAGGCCUCUUCCUCCUCCAGCCCAGCUGUGGACAUAGACUCCUUCCCAGACAGCAAGCAGUGUCACUACAUCCCUCUGAGCGAGAGCCACUCCCCCCCCUACCUGGCCUACAACAAGCUGUCGAGCGAGCAGAACUGGGCCAACUUCAACACCGAGGAGAACCUGGCACUGCGCAGUGGUAACAAGCCGUCCCCUGAGUCCUACGCCCCAGGAGCCCAGCCCCUGCAGGAGAGGCAGACCAGCCGGCCUGGCAGCUCUGCUUCCAAGAAACAGUACGUCUAGGACAGCAUUGAAACCAGGCUGCUGUGUCUUGGGGGUAUCCUUUCCCCGUUGAACAAUGGGAUACUCAGGUUCUUGGGCAUCUUGGCCAUAGGACCUGUUUGCUACAGAGGCUUUAAAAACAAAACCAAACUCCAAAGCUCCUAUUGGAGACCCACUUUGGUUGACUGGCAGGCACCUCCUACUCUCCACUGUCCAUUGUGUGUCUGUGUAUUUAAAGUAUGGGUGCUGUAAAUGUGCUCUCGGGUGCGUGCACUUCUCAGCAAACUGGCUGUGCCAUAAGAUGUGCAUGUCGCUCAAUGGCAUGCUGCAUUGUAGCCGGCUGACUGAUGUUUACAGGGUGCGAGGAUCCUUCCUACCAUUCUGCUGGCGAGAUGUACUCAGGCUCCCUUGAGGAGGGUUAUUCUCUGGUGCCUUUGUACAAAAGACCCUAAGUAACCAAUGUCACAUGAUACCAAUAUGUUCACCUUUCUUCAGCUGCAGUCCCAGGAAAGCUGGUGCUUUCUUUUUUUAAACUGUGUAGACAUGGAAACCAAACAAAAUCCCUUCUUCAGCUACAGAAGCAUCUUCAGUGGAAAGCUGCCUGGGAUAUUAUGCAGCUUGAAUUCAAAUCCACAGUGCUUUGCCUUGGGGUGGACCAGCUACUGCGUUUUUGGGGUAAUACAUGGGGAAAUAUCCUUGCUAUAACUAAGCGAGUCCCUUUCCCUGCUCAAUGGUUUCCAUCGUCUCUGAUCAGAGCUGUACUUUGUAACCUGAACUCUAAAUCUCUCUAGCCAAGAUCUUUAAUUCCUAACUGGUGGAGUUAAUCUGGCCCAGCCUAGGUAAACGAUUAUCCUUCUAAAGGAGGGAGCAGGGGAAGUCUGUUUGCCUCGGCGAUUUUAGCAGCUGUAAGAGUUUGCCUUCAGCCUAGAAAUUCCAUAGGGCAGCUUGCUGUAAGAAUUAAUGUGGGAUUGGGGGCACUUGAGUGCCAGACAUCUCUCCUCCUUCUGGGUCACCUCCCAAAAUAAUCUCAACAUCUAGAUCUUGCCACACUGAGUUGCAUGACUCAGUAGCUUAUCCAUCCAAGCUGAGGUGCCAGCCCAGGGUGAGGAAACCCUAAUGCACUAAGGAAAGGCCAUAUCACAGGACUUAAUGCCUACUGCCCUGAGUUCAGUUGCCCCAGAGCAAAGUUAUAAACUCUGUCCUCAUGUACAUUCAGAGUAACUUGCUGUUCAUGUGUUUGUAGGUGUAAGGGAUCCCCAUGGGUAGCUGCAGUAACAGCCCUGGUCCUCUGCCCCAGAUGGCGUCAUUUCUGAGGCACCGGUUUCCAUUGGUUAAUUAUUUUUUUUUUUAACCUGCUUGUCUGACUGUAGAACUGCAGCUUCAAAGCCCAAUAUUUGCCACUGGCUCUGUUAAGCUCUUGGUUGGCUAGUGCAAAGUGUGAGUAUUCACUUCCCAGCCACUUUACAGGGAUCCCACUGCGUUCAGCUCUACUGGGAAUGAGGGGCCUUCACUUGUGGGGUGUGAGCACUGAGCCUCUGCUGGAAUGGGGCUGCCCACAGAUUCGGCCAGGCUGGAGGGGAGCGGGGAUGUUGUGGGUAAGUGAAUUGCCCCAUUCAGAGACCUAGAACCAUUGAUGGGAGCUUAAGGCUGGUCACUCUCUUCCUAGGUUCCCUUUCCUCAGCCUCAGUUAGGGACUGGUUGCAGCAGUCAAUAGAGCUGGCCCCUCCUGCCCAGCAGAGAUCUGAUACAGGAGUAGCUGGCACGGGGCAGGGUUUGAGGAAUAGAGCUGCAUGGCAGAGUGCUCAUGUGCACUGUUUAGGCUGUUGAUUAUUUCACUUUCAUGAGCACCAAAGUCACUCAAAAAAAAAAAUUUCAAAAAGGGGUAGGAAAAAAAUAAAGUGACUUCGUUUGUUUGCACAAAUGUCCUCUCCUGCUGGGGUGUGGGAGGGUGGUGGGCUGAGGGAAACCUGCCAUCCCUCCUCAAGAGAGCAGGCUCCAGUGAAUUGUGCCUGAAAAAUCCCAAAGCUGUGAAACCAAGAGAGUCUCGCCUUAUGUCCUUCUGAUUGUUUGUUCCAUUUUUAAUGUAAGCCAAAGCACCGCAGCUGCCUGCUCGGUCUGUAUUCUUAUCUCCCCAACAUGUACGUGCUCCAGGCUGAGAGUAGCAGAUGGAAGUUGCUCUUCAUCUCUUUCUGGCAGACUUAA